AUGAAAGUUUUUGUAGGAGUCCUUGCAGCUUUAACUGUUUUGGCUACAGCCAAUGCAUCCACUGAUAAAGUCGUAUGUUACUUUGGAAGCUGGGCCAACUACAGACCAGGAAAUGGAAAAUUUUUUGUUGACGACAUUGAUCCAUUUUUAUGCACCCACGUUAUUUACACUUUUGUAGGAUUAUCAGCUGAUGGAAGUGUUCGCAUUUUAGAUCCAAAUAAUGAAAUCAACAACGUAUUAUAUUUUUAUAUAACGCUUACACAAAUUGAAAAUAUUAACCCGAAAGUCCAAAUUUCUGUAGCAAUUGGAGGUUGGAAUGAAGGAUCAGCUACUUACUCCAAUGUUGCUGCUAACGAUGCUCUUCGUGCCAAUCUAGUCAACAGCAUAGUUGCCUUCACAAAAGAACAUGGACUAGAUGGUUUUGAUAUUGAUUGGGAAUAUCCUGCCCAAAGAGGAGGUGCAAUAGCUGAUAAGGCUAACUAUAUCAAGUUAUUAAAAGAAUUGCGUGCCAGAUUUGAUGCCGAAGGGUGGUUCUUAUCAGCCGCUGUUGCUGCCCCAGAAUCCUACAUCGCAUCCUCAUAUGAUGUACCUCAAAUGUCUAAAUACUUAGAUUUCAUCAACAUUAUGGCCUAUGAUAUGCACGGUCCUUGGGACGGCCGUACUGGACAAAACGCACCUCUGCUUCCUUCAUCCAAAGAUAUCUCUUUUGAUAAUAGACAACUUAAUGUUCAAGCCGCCAUUCAAGGAUGGAUCAAUGCUGGUGCAAUCAAGAGCAAAAUAGUUUUGGGUGUUCCAUUAUACGGAAAGACGUUCACACUUUCCAACCCUUCUGAUAAUGGUCUCUAUGAAUCUACAACUGCUGGACAGGCUGGUCCUUUCACUCAAGAAAGUGGCAUGCUUGGCUACAACGAAAUUUGCCAAUAUGAAAAUUCUCCUGAAUGGACCAUCAUCUGGGAUGAUGAGCAAAAAGUACCAUAUAUGCACAAAGACAACCAAUGGAUUAGCUACGAUAAUCCUGAAUCAAUUGCAUUGAAGGCUCAAUUCGCUAAAGAAACUGGACUGGGUGGAGUUAUGGUUUGGAGCAUUGAAACCGAUGAUUUCCGUGGAUUGUGCGAAGGCGGAAAAUAUCCACUUCUAACAUCUAUCAACUCCGUCGUUUUCGGUGGAAAAGCACCCGAAAUUGGAAAACCAGUUGCUACUGUUCCAUCUAAACCAAGCUCUGCCGCUGAUUUAAUCCCUUCUCCAAGUGUUCCAGUUAUUAAAGAACCAACCGGUCCUUUUGCUUGCACCCAGACUGGGUACUACCGCAAUCCCAAUGACUGUGGUGCAUAUUUCUAUUGCACUGGUGCAAACUCACAACCUCUUAAAUUUGUUUGUCCAGCCGGUCUAAAGUACGACUCGACUCAUGGUAUUUGUAACUUUGCAUACUCCGUCCAAUGCUAA